UUUAAAUGUUAGUCAGUAGGCAGUGGGUGGUGGUAGGUUUGCUACAGCUUCCCCUGCGAAUAACGUGCCCUGUCUCCAUCACUAUAAAUACUUUUCUCCCUCUUUUACUCCCCCAGUUUUGGAUUUUCUUGUUUUCUCCUGUGAAUUUUGAAUUUAGGGAACCAAAACCCAGCUGGGUUUUCCACUGUUUAUCCAAAAUCUAAUUUCCCUUCUGCCCCAUUUCUUCUUUUCAUCUCUUUUGAUGUCCUUGUUCCGUACUUUCCCCUUUUGAAGCAUCGCCAAAGAAUUUCGGGAUUUUUGGGCACGGAAUAAAGGCAACGCGGGCAAUAUUCUGAUCCUGGGAAAGGAGAGAAAAUGACUGAGGAGGGUGUGAAGGAUGCGACUUCUCCGGUUCGUCGUGUGCUUUUCAUCUCAGCGGGUGCUAGCCAUUCGAUUGCUCUUCUUUCUGGAAAUGUUGUUUGUUCUUGGGGUCGUGGAGAGGAUGGUCAAUUAGGUCAUGGAGAUGCUGAAGAUCGUCUUUCCCCGACACAAUUGAGUGCAUUGGAUGGCCAUGAAAUAGUGUCUGUUAUUUGCGGAGCUGAUCAUACGAUAGCUUAUUCUGAAGCACGUACAGAAGUUUAUAGUUGGGGAUGGGGUGACUUUGGGAGGUUAGGUCAUGGUAAUUCUAGUGACUUGUUCACACCAAAGCCAAUUAAAGCGUUGCAUGGUCUUAGGAUAAGACAAAUUGCUUGUGGAGAUAGCCACUGCUUGGCAGUAACUAUGGAAGGCGAGGUGCAGAGUUGGGGAAGGAAUCAAAAUGGUCAACUUGGUCUUGGUACCAUUGAAGACUCUCUUGUGCCACAGAAAAUCCAAGCAUUCCAGGGAAUAUCAAUAAAAAUGGUAGCUGCAGGUGCUGAACAUACUGCUGCUGUCACAGAAGAUGGAGAGCUCUUUGGAUGGGGCUGGGGCCGGUAUGGAAACUUGGGAUUAGGCGACAGAAAUGAUCGAUUGGUGCCCCAGAAAGUUUCUUCUAUUGAUGGUGACAAGAUGGUGAUGGUUGCUUGUGGGUGGCGGCAUACAAUAUCAGUUUCCUCUUCGGGUGGAUUAUACACUUAUGGAUGGAGCAAAUAUGGGCAACUAGGACAUGGAGAUUACGAGGAUCGCCUUGUGCCUCACAGGCUAGAAGCAUUACAUAGAGAUUACAUUUCUCAGAUAUCUGGUGGUUGGAGGCAUACAAUGGCUCUUACGACUGAUGGAAAACUUUAUGGAUGGGGAUGGAAUAAGUUUGGUCAGGUUGGAGUUGGUGAUAAUGUUGAUCAUUGCUCCCCUAUGCAAAUAAAGUUCCCCCAGGAUCAGAAUGUAGUUCAGAUCUCAUGUGGAUGGAGGCACACACUGGCUGUUACUGAUAGGCAAAAUGUGUUUUCUUGGGGUAGAGGUACAAAUGGGCAGCUUGGACAUGGGGAGUCAAUUGACCGGAACGCACCGACAAUCCUGGCAGCUUUAAGUGUGGAUGGUUGUGGUCAACAGAUCGAAUCCUCGAAUUUAGAUUCAUCUUCAGGAAAAACUUGGGUGUCCCCAACAGAGAGAUAUGCAAUUGUUCCUGAUGAGCCUGUUCAGGGGCAAUCAACAUCUGUGAGGGGUAAUGGGAGCGAUGCCAGCGUCCCUGAAAAUGAUGUAAAAAGGUUACGUGUCUGAUCUUUGUAUGAUUCGAAAUAUGUUCCAUGCACCCCUUAUUGUAAAUUCUAUCUAUUUUGUUAGAAAUUUAGUGUCUCAAAUUUGUGUAGAGGUAAGAUAGGUAACAUGAACCAUAUGACAGUUUACCCCAUCUUUUUUGGGUCUAAAUAUUCUACUUUAUUAUGCUUAAUAGCUUAAGUUCUAAAUGUUCUUUGCUUCUUUGUACCAAUAACUUCAAUGGUUUUUUGUGGCUUGAAAGUUUAACCCUGUUAGACGAUCA